AUGUACGCGAAUAGAUUUUUAAAAAUAAGUUCAUUGAACUUACAAAAUAGUGUAAGGUUUAAUCAUGCUCAACAAUUAAAGUCUGAUAUAAAAAGGAGGCAUAUUGAUAAAGUUUUGAUAGCAAAUAGAGGAGAAAUAGCAUGCAGGGUGAUGAGAACAGCUCGUAAAUUAGGAGUUCGGACUGUUGCUGUCUAUUCAGAAGCCGAUAAAAAUGCUAUGCAUGUUGAAAUGGCUGAUGAAGCCUAUCACAUUGGACCAGCGCCAUCAACACAGAGUUAUUUAAACACAUCAAAGAUAUUAGAAGUGGCUAAGAGAUCAAAAAGUCAAGCUAUACAUCCAGGCUACGGAUUUCUGUCAGAAAAUGUUGAAUUCUGUAAGCAGUGCGCUGAUGAAGGGGUAAUCUUUAUUGGACCACCCACUUCAGCAAUAAGGGAUAUGGGAAUAAAAAGCACAUCAAAAGCUAUCAUGUCAAAUGCCGGAGUUCCAAUUGUAAGAGGAUAUCAUGGAGAAGACCAAAGUAUAGAGAGACUUCAAGCUGAAGCCCAAAAAAUAGGAUUUCCAUUAAUGAUAAAAGCUGUGAGAGGUGGUGGAGGCAAAGGUAUGAGAAUAGCAAUGACGGAGGCUGAAUUUUUACCCCAACUAGAAUCCGCUAAACGAGAGUCUUUAAAGUCAUUUGGUGAUGAAAGUAUGCUUCUAGAACAAUACAUAACGGACCCUCGUCAUGUAGAAGUACAGGUUUUUGCUGAUAUGUAUGGAAAUGCCGUUCAUUUGUUUGAGAGGGACUGCUCUGUUCAAAGACGGCAUCAGAAAGUUAUUGAAGAAGCUCCAGCGCCUGGAUUAUCAGAAGAAACCCGGAGAAAGCUUGGUGAGGCUGCAGUGAGAGCAGCCAAGGCAGUUGGUUAUGUUGGUGCUGGUACCGUAGAGUUCAUCUUACACCGAGUCACUCAUGAGUUCCACUUCAUGGAAAUGAACACCAGGUUACAGGUUGAACAUCCCAUCACGGAAAUGAUUACUGGUACGGAUUUAGUGGAAUGGCAGCUCCGUAUAGCUGCCGGCGAGCCGUUGCCUGUUUCACAAGAAGACAUCAUCCGUCGCGGACACGCCGUUGAAUGUAGGAUAUACGCUGAAGAACCACGGGCUGGGUUCUUGCCACGUGCUGGGACACUGCACAGACUCACACAGCCAACACCCGAGGAAAACGUUCGAGUUGAGACGGGUGUUAGAGAAGGCCAUGAGGUUUCUGUACACUAUGACCCUAUGAUCGCCAAACUGGUUGUAUGGGGACAAGAUAGAAAUGAAGCUCUCGCUAAAACUAAGAGGAAACUAUCCGAAUAUCAAGUUGCAGGUCUUGAGACGAACGUUAAUUUCUUGCUGCGUCUGAGUGGCGCUAGUGCGUUCGUGGCGGGCGACGUGCACACAGCUUUCAUUCCACAACACGAGGCUGAAUUAUUUCCCCAAUCUGAUACGGUGUUAAGUGAAGACAAGGCUAUACAGGCUGCUUUGGGUUAUGUUAUCAAAUGCCAACACGAUUCAACCGCAAACAACUCCUGGAAGGGAAUCUCAAAUAAAAACCGACGGCGUGGCGUCCUAAUUAUAAUCUAG